AUGUGGGCACCAGCGACGAGGAUGUUCCUGAACACUGAACAAAUAGAAUCAGUUGUUCAAGUGCAUGCAACUACGCCUCUUUGCGUGUCGUUGGGGCCGGAACAUGCAAUUGAAGAGGUUGGCCUACUAUCCCUACUGAAGCCGAGCGAGCAGGGGGUGAUGCGCCGCACCCCGUGCGCAGUCUCGCUACUAUACGCCACUGCCGCCGGCUGCGCUGAAUGCACCCCGUCGCCACCCGCCAGCCGGGCCGGCCGUAGCAUCGGCGCAAGCGACGUUAGAGAAAGGGGCAUCCUUUAUGGCCCAGCCUUAUCAUGGAGUGCACAACGUUAUCCG